AGGGGCGGUGCGUCGGUGCGUGUCCCCGCCCCUUUCGGCUUCACUGCCUUCCACUGCGCAUGCGUAGGGCGGGCUGCCAUGGCAACGCGACGCGGGAAGUAACCAGGGAGGCUGUGCCUGGCGGCGGCGGUCGUCAGAGGAGUUCGCAACCCGUCAGCGGCCCCAGCCCCGGCCCUGCCGCAGGGGGGAUGAUACUGAUACGUUGCACCGUAUGUGACCCACUGCGUGAUCCUGUGUAAAUCCACACAGCGCUGGCCGGUCUCCACUCAGUAACAGGACAUGGCAGGUAAAAGCAAACCCAAGCGUGGCAAAGGCAGAGGGUCCAAAAAGAAAGGGCAGAAGGGGCCGAAGGGAGCGGAUAUCUUCAGCCCGGCUGCCAUGCUCAACGCACACUACAUCUGCCACAACGUGCCCGCCUUCCUGGAGCUCCGGGGCUUUCCCUGGCCUGGCUCCACCAAAAAGAAGGGCAAGCAAAAAAAGUAACCGGAAAGCAAAGCUUUUGGUGCAAACCAAGCUCCCGAGCGAGGAAGAGACUCUCUUGCAACUUAGACUCAUACUGACCCCUCCGCUGGUUAGCUCAAAUAUUUUACCUAAACGCUGUUGUGUCCAUACAAAGACGCUCUUAUUAUAGCUCAAGCACGGGGUGACAAAUGGUGACACUGUGCCAUUGUCAGCUGUCAGCUGUGGCCCUUCGCCCUCCAGUUGCGUGUGGAAUAAAUCGUUGCCCCUCAGCAGUCGGAAGGGUUUGUGGUGGGGUUUGCUUUACCCGCUGUCGUUUUUUUACGGGUGGGACGUGCUCCCCAAAAGCGCUGCUGGACCUCCAGCUGCUUUAAACUUGAGCUCAGAAAGUGGAUACCAUGGUAAGAUCGACAGCGUUAAGUAUGAUUUCUGUAACAUCAGUUUAUCUGUGUGGGAAUCACCCACUCUCUGGGUCAACAGAGCCACGCGAUGCCAUCUAAAGGAAAUGGUUACAUUUGGGCAGAUACGCAGAACUUGAAGUUCCAGCGAAUUAGCACCAGCUCUCCUUUGGCUGUAGUGAAAUCUGGAGCUCUGCCCUAGAUAUUGUCAGCGAUGCUGUUAAGAGUUGGAGGUGAUGAUGAAUCCCCGCCCCCAGGUCUCCUGUUUGAAGUCUUCAGUCUUAGUUCAAACAUCCUGGCUAAAGACCACAAGCUCUGUGUUACCGUUCGGAGUUACUUUUCUCCAUCUCCUCCAUGUUUUUAGUGCAGCCCUUGGUAAACCUUACUGCUGGGUUUCAGUACUUGAAAAGAGCUUAUAAAAUGGGGACAGACUUUUUAGAAGGGCGUGUUAUGACAGGACAAGGGGUGAUGGUUUUAAACUAAAGGAGGGAGAUUCAGGCUGGACAUGAGGAAGGAAUUGUUGCCCUGAGGGUGGUGAGAGCCUGGCCCAGGUUCCCAGAGAGGUGGUGGAUGAACCAUCCCUGGAGACAUCCCAGGCCAGGCUGGACGGGGCUCUGAGCACCCUGAGCUGCUGAAGAUGUCCCUGCUCAUGGCAGGGGGGGAACCGGAUGGUUUUGAAGGUCCCUUCAACCCAAACUGUUCUAUGAUUCUAUGAAAUUGUGAAGCAACAUGUCAAGCAAAGCUGUACAUCUCUCCCAGAUUCUUGUACUGACUAACAGGAUGUGGUGGAGUGACUGGGAGGGGUGAGGAUGUGUCCUGAACAGGAAGGAGUACAAAAAGGCUGGAAUUUUGGAGAGAGGGGCUAGUAGCUCAGCAAGGGGCUAGAGGAGAUGCAAGGGGAGGUGUCCCAGUUCUGCGGGACGCCCGCGGGACUGUGAGCACCCCAGACAGCUCUCGCCAAGCGGCACUGUGAUGCACAGGAAAUAUCACAUCAGAAUUUCAGUUGGUUUCUCAGGGCUGAAACAUCUGUGGUGCUGAUCGAGGCCAUUGCUGAUUGACUGAACUGCAGGAGGAGGUGCAGAGUCUUCCUGACUUCCAGGUAACAUUAUGUUAUGGAUAACAGAACAAUUAUAAUGUGAUCGACCCAAACCAAUAAAGGCCCAUAAAGCCUUAUGUUGUUUCUCCGGCUUAAAAUGUUCCCUCUAUCAGGAGUUCUUGACCGGGUCAAAUAAUAGUUUUGUGGCAUUGCUUUUAGGCCAACUACCAUCAUUAUGGAGGCUACUGCACUGCACCGAGUUUGUUUCAUCUCCAUGUUAAGAAAAUCAAGGUGGGUAAUCCCGUUAACUUGCUAAUUAGCCUGUAGUUGGCAUGUUCUGCUGAAUCAGAUGCGGUUUGCAGUACCAGUUUGUUCUAUGUUGAGCAUCGACGUGUCUUCCUCAGCAUUUCCUCAUGUUCUUGCUUCCCCAUCACCCCCCAAGAAGUCUCUGGUCAUGGCACAUACUUGCAAAUAUUUCCCCCAAGUAUCGGCGUUCUAAAGCAAGAGAUCUCUUGCAACCUCGGUAUAGGGAGCUUUAAGAGACAGGUAUUUCCAAGCACCGAAGUAGGAUCUGCUUAAAAUCCCGAGGCCGCCCCGCACCAUUGUGGUUGGUUUGGGUCCUGGCUCAGUUUGCAGGAGCAGUUCAAGUCCCAUCUCCCACCGAGAUGAAGAACCGCGUUGCACAGCAGUUGCACGCAGGAGCAGCUGUUUGGGGAAGCAGCUUCCUUCUGGGCAACUUGUUCUCCAGCGCCGCGUCGCAGCGGUUUCCGCCGAAGCAGCUGUUAUCUGAUCCCACGGUUACACGUAAGCAAACCCAUUUUAUAUCGGUGACAGACCGGAGCGACAAUGAUUUCGAGACCCCGGAGUUUUAGUGUGCGAAAGUUGCUGGAACAAAUAGUGAAAUAUCACAAUGUGUUCUCUCUUUGAAACAAAACAAAUGUGAUUUCUGCCUGGUGGGACUGAGCGCACCAGAUGGCGACCAGUGAAGUGCAAAGGACAAAGACUCCGCUUUCUAGUGCAUCUGAAAAGUUGCCAUUCAUUUCUUUGACAACAGAUGAGAAAACCCGUCCAACCAUCCCGAAUUGAAAAAUGAAACACUUUUUUUCCCUGCCUUUUUCCCUUUUACCUCUCUCCUGCCUUGAUCUAUCCCAAUUUUGCAUGUAAUUCAGGCUCCCUGGUGGUUAAUAAAGACCAACAGACAUCUCUAAA